CCAAGGUAGAAACUAUAAAGAAAACAACUACUACACUGUGCGAUAAUGUCAAUAUAGAGAGAGAGGUUUUCGUUUUACAGAGAGAGAGAGAGAGAGAGUCAGUGACAAGCACCAGAAGAAGUAGCUAGCACCCAAACCACGCCAGAUUUUGGAUAAUAUAUAAUCUAAUCUCCAUCGCUCUUAGAUCCAUUGAGUUUGUUCUUUCACAUCAUGAUUUUCACCGCGUCAACCGGUUGAGCACACAGAAUAACAAAGAGUUAUCAAGAAAUGGGUUUGAUCACGACCCUUCCAUGAGUCACAUGCCCUCAUAGCUCAAGAGUUAAAAUCGCCUUCUUUUUUUGUGUGUUUGUGGAAUUUGUUCAUGUGGGUCAUUCUGAUUCCCUUCGAUUGCGGAGAUAAUUUACCUUCUAGUUCCUUCAAGAAUUGGGUUUUCUUUGAAAGAAAAGUCUUUUUGAGGUGGCUCAGCUAAUUUUAAUGAGCCAUGGGGGAGCAUGUAGCAGCGUUGCACACUGCUACCAAUGCUUUGCAAGCAUUAGGGAGGGGCUUUGAUGUGAACUUUGAUACGAGGUUGCUUUAUUGUAAAGGAGUUUCAGGGUCUAGGGUAGUUGAGAUUGAUGAAGAACACCGUAGGGAGCUGUGGUUGUACGAGGAUUUGGCUGUUCCUGACGUUUCCAGGGACAUUGGAAGCUCUCAGGAGCCUAUGGUGCGUCAGAGUUCUGGAGUACGGAGUUUCCGAGAGAUGGUGGAAUACUUUAAUGAUAGGGCAAAUAUAUCAGGGAGCUUUCCUCUUGGGAGCUUUAACUCUGCAUUUAGCUUCACUGGUUCUAAACAUGUUGAUGAUGCAGCCACAAAAACUUUGUCUUCAGAUGGGUUUUACAUUCCUCUGGCAAAGGUUCAGCUUAAAAAAUCCCACUUAACGUUGCAAGAAAAUGUCAAAAGGGCUGUUCCUGCCAAUUGGGACCCACCGUCCUUGGCAAGUUUUAUUGAAAAUUUUGGAACUCAUGUUAUUACGUCAAUAACUAUUGGUGGUAAAGAUGUUAUUUAUGUUAAACAACACCAUACUUCUCCUUUGUCAAAGCUGGAGAUGAAAAAUUAUAUUCAGGAUAUUGGAAAUCAGAGGUUUUCUGACAUCAAUAGCCAUACAAGUUCAGGGCAAACAAAAUCCAAGGAUAAGGGUGUUGAUCCAUUUUCAUUCAAUAGUCAAGGGGUUUACCCUCAACCCACAACUGCAACAUAUCCUACUGGGAAAGAAGAUGUUACAGUCAUUUUUAGAAGAAGAGGAGGAGAUGAUUUGGAGCAAAACCACAAUAAAUGGUUAAAAACUGUCAAGUCCUCCCCAGAUAUCAUUGAGAUGACUUUCUGUCCUAUAAUUGAUCUCCUUGAUGAAAUACCUACCAAGGAGCAUUUGAUUCGUGCCAUUGGUCUUUAUCUUGAAUAUAAACCUCCAAUUGAAGAACUUAGAUAUUUCCUAGAGUUUCAGCUUCCUUGUGUAUGGGCUCCUUUACAAGACAGGAUACCUGGUCAACAAAGGAAGGAACCUGUGUGCCCAUCUUUGCAAUUCAGCAUAAUGGGCCAGAAACUUUACGUCAGUCAAGAACAGAUUACCGUGGGACGUAGGCCGGUAACCGGCUUACGUCUUUAUAUAGAAGGAAGCAAGCAGAAUCGGCUGAGCGUUCAUGUUCAACACUUGGUAUCCCUUCCGAAAAUCCUUCAUCCAUAUUGGGACAGCCACGUAGCCAUUGGCGCGCCCAAGUGGCAGGGACCCGAGGAGCAAGACAGCCGGUGGUUUGAGCCAGUCAAGUGGAAGAAUUUUUCUCAUGUAAGCACUGCACCAAUCGAGAACCCUGAAACCUUCAUUGGAGACUUCUCCGGCGUCUUCAUAGUCACUGGAGCACAACUUGGAGUGUGGGAUUUCGGUUCACGCAAUGUGUUGUACAUGAAGCUCUUGUAUUCAAGGUUACCCGGCUGCACAGUCCGGCGAUCACUGUGGGAUCAUGUCCUGAACAAGUCGCCAAAAACACUGAAUAAUGCUGGAAACACCUCCAACCCAGAUAGUAACUCAGCCCUUAGUUCUAGAGAAAAUGCCACAGGGAACAAGUUGGUGAAGUAUGUUGACUUGUCUGAGAUGAUCAAAGGACCCCAAGACCCUCCUGGCCAUUGGUUAGUCACUGGUGGAAAGCUUGGUGUUGAGAAAGGGAAAAUUGUUUUGAGAGUGAAAUAUUCAUUGCUUAAUUACUGAUUCCACCUUCCAAGUUUCUGCAUGCAGUGGUGGCCUGUGUUAGAAGAAGCAGUGUUUUAGGUGCCUAUAAUUUGACCUUGUAAAACCAUUUUGUGGUUUGAUGAUCUGAGUUGAAUAGGAAGCUUUUACUCUUAGUUGAUUAUGAUCCGUAGAUGCAUGCUGUGAUGUGAUGUCCAUAUCUCAUAGGAGUUAGAACCUGUUUCCACCAUGCCCCAUUUUAAAGUAAUGUUUAUAUCCAUAUAGCAUUGAGAAUACAAACUGACAAAAUCCUUUGCUUCACCUUUCUCUCUACAACAAAACAAGAGGGUUUCAGAAAGGGGAAAAGAAGGUUAGUGAAGUCUUGAACUCUCUUAUCAUCUGUCGUUUUCUUUUGUGAGAUAUUCCUUAACGAGUUAUGCAUAUGCUUGUGCAUUAGCAACUAACAAUACUAUUCUGAAACCUUGUGUGUUGCAAA